AAACAGCAAAUCUAAAAUUAAUUAAUUUCAUUUGACGCAACAACUGUUUUGUUCUUAUUUUUGUUGGCUCAAUAACAACCAUGGAAGAAGGCAAGGAAGAUACAUCAUGUCCACGAAUGUACGGACGUUUAUUGAAAUAUCAUUGGCGUGGCCUCCUAAUUUUUUUAAUACCGUUGGUGUUUUUACCAAUUAUGAUACCGGCUUAUGAACCGCACAAUCGUGGCCUAUAUAUAUUUUGCGUUAUGGCUGCCUACUGGAUGGGUGGACUGUUGCCGCCACAUGUGACCGGUUUGAUACCGGUUUGUGUAAUGCCAUUUAUAGGCGUUUUGGAUUCGGACGACAUUUGUAAGUGCUACAUGGUAGGUCCGUUGGCGAUUUUCCUAGGCGCCGCUAUGUUGGGUCUUGCUUUUCAAUACAGCAAUUUGAAUACACGUAUAGCGAUCACUUUAAUCACGAAAAUUGGUUGCAGCCCAAAGCGUGCUCUCUUUGGUCUUAUCAUGGCUUCUGGCCUUACAUCCAUGUUUCUAUUCAACGUGGCUGUUGCAACAUUCAUGCUGCCCAUAGCGCAGUCGCUGCUCGAAGAGUUUGAAGCUGGCGGACUAAAAAUCAAAGAGGAUAAAAAGCCUGGUCAGGAGGAAGAAGAUAGAGAGCCCUCCUCCCUUGCUACAGGCUGUUACUUGGCUGUCUGUUAUGCGGCAACAAUUGGCGGUUGUGGAACAUUAAUCGGUUCUCCCACAAACAUAGGAUUUAGGAGUGUAUAUGAAAUCUUAUAUAAGAAUAACACAGGGCAAGUAAUUUUUCAAAGAUUCACGGCCUACAAUUGUCCUUGGGUGCUAGUAGCCCUAUUUCUCUUAUACCUAACACUCUUGAUUACACACUUUGGAUUAUGCCGCCCAAAAAACGAAACCAGCACAGCUCUGUCAAACUUUGCCAAGAGUUCUAACGAAGUUGCAGCCUCAGUAAAACAGAAAUUUGCGGAUCUUGGCUCCCUAAGCAUACAUGAAAUUCAAAUUAUUAUUUUACUUCUAAUACUGCUGUCCAUUUUGCUGUCAUGGCCGUAUAUCGUUAGGACUGACUUCAUUACAGCUCCCACAGCAUUUAUUCCGAUUGUUGCGAUGCUUUAUAUUUUGCCAGCCCAUUAUAGAGCCUUCAAAUUUUGCGGCGGCCGUGGUCCAUUCACUGACCGUUCAACCGGAUCUGUGCUCUCGUGGAAGUAUGCUAAUACAAAUUUGCCGUGGGGCAUAGUUUUUGUGAUCGGUAGCGGCAACGGGUUGGCUAAGACCUUUUUAGGAACUGGAUUAUCACCUUGGAUCGCAGACAAGCUGACAAUGUUCAGCACAUUACCAUUACCAAUUUUACAAUUUAUUGCUAUACUUUUUGGAGCAUUUAUCACAACUUUCUGUGCGAAUGUGGCAGCAAUCAAUAUUGUUAUACCUUUAAUAAGCGAACUCGCAAUUGCCGCCGAGCUGCAUCCUAUCAAAUUGCUGUUUCCUGCGGCUCUAGGAUGCAGCGUUUCUUUCCUCUUUCCUUUCAGUACGCCUACAAAUGCUCUUGUGGCAACUCAUGCUAAGAUCAGCACGAAGAAAAUGGCUCUUGGCGGUAUAAUACCAACACUCACAGCAAUAUCGCUCAUCUAUGCAACUGUUAUAUGUUAUAAUAUUCUUGGGGGUCUAGAAGGCAAAACAUAAUCUGAUUGGGCUAAGCUGGAAGAGAAUGGAGCAAUUCUUGCGAAUGCAAAUAUGAAAACGUCAGUACUUUAUCCUCAUUUGAAAAAUUUGUAAUGGUUUCCGUUUCAAUAUUAUUAUUGCACAUUACUUGCGUUAAUAAAAUUUGUUUAAAUAUAUGUCAUGAAAUGCUA